AUGCAUGUUGAAGAACUAUUUGAAGAAGAAAUCAACUCAGUUAGUUCAACUGAUGAUGGUGUGUACCUUGAAAUACUGAUUGAUAACAAGAGUAGCAUAUUACACACCAUCAAUAUGGCACUCGGAGAUCAGCUGAUGUUUCUAUCACGUUUUAACUUUUGCAUUAAGAUUGACUAUAUUCAUUUAUGCAAUAAGUAUCCUGUUGAAUACAGAAAAUUACUCAACCUUAAUCAAACCACAAUAACGAUAAACAGGUUUCUCAACAACAUGAUCAAAAAAGUAUUGGGCUGGCUCAACUAUACUAAUAUAGAAGCAAUUACAGCUAAUAAUCACAAGAUGUCCAACCAGCUUACAGUUAAUCCGGUAUACUAUUUUACGAUGAGUUUUACUGGUUUCACAGUACUAAAUACUCAGCCAGUCAUUCUAGAACAACGAGAAAUCAUCCAAAAUGGUGUCACAUGCGAUAAUCACUACGUCAAUCAAAAGAAGUUAUUUUUCAUUGAAGUUACAGUGGAAAAAUACUCAGGUAAACAGUUGGAAAAUGGCCCAGAUCAAUAUCUUCAUACAAAGAAUUACAUAUGUGGGAAUAAUACUUGUCCCAACAAAACCAUUCUCAUGACAACUCUCACAAAAACAUUCUACUUUACAGAAAAUGAUAGAGUUUUCAAAGAAAAUCAUGAAAAAACAAAAAAUUAUUGCGACACCUGCAAAAACAAGUUAUCUCUGUAUUUAGAAGAGGUGAUUUACACAUACGAAUACAAUAUUCAUUAUAGAAACAUGAUUUAUAAUGGAAUUUCACACUGUAACUUAGAAGAUGGCUUCUAUUUGAUUGCAGGUUAUUUAGAAAGAAACCAUUUGGGACACAACAACUUUAUGAUAUUAGAAGCAACCAAGAAAGAAGACUGGAUUUACAAAUCAAAAUACGAUUUAUCUGCUGAAACAAUUGAUGAAUACCUAUCAGAGUAUAUACGACUAUUCAAGAUUGAUCAAAUAACACCAGACCUGAAGUGCUUAAUCAUCAUUUUGAAUAUGUUCAAUAUCAUUGAUUAUAGAGUAGCACAAAAUAACAAUAUUGUAAUGCAAUAUUAUAGGAACUUCAAAGUGAUCAUUUACACAAAUGAUGUCAGGUACGUCACACACAUCGCUAAACUGUUUCUAAGACAAAUCAACAUCUCCAAUAUCAAUGACUUGGGAGCAAACAGGGCUUUAAUCAUUCUUGAUUUGGACUGUAAAAUGCCAAAGAAAUAUGAUAUCAGGAAAUUCAAUUGCUUUAAAUUGCAAUUUAACGAAUACCCAUCAUAUCAAUACAAUAAGGCUGAUGAAAUCAAUUUGGAGCAGAAUUUCUAUAGUGAUCUUAACACAGAAACAAUACAGGAGAUUUAUUUGACUCUCAGAAAGUUGCACAAGGGAUCAAUUCCGCCUGAGAAUCUACUGAAUCUUACUGAUCUACUUUUCCAUUCGAUAACCUCAAUCACCAAGAACGUGUUUAAGGAUCCGUUUAUAAAGAGGGUUCUCCUGACACUCUUUUCCAAAUCAAUUGUUUAG